AUGUCAGUAGAGAGGAUGGCUGAUGUUGCACAUGAACUGGGAAUAGGAGUUGAUGAGGAUUUUCCAGAAUGCCAGAAUGGGAAGGAAAAAGCAGAUGCCAUCACUGCAGAGAUUAAAGACAUCUUCAAAUACAAAGAGAAACAAUCUGAAAACAUAGAAAACUAUAAAAGCAAUCUUAAAAUGAAAAAAGAAGAGCUGCGUCAGAAACAGAACUCCUAUGCUAUGUCAGAUGGAAUGAAACGCUUCAUUACUGCAAUAUCCAGCCCAGAGAGAGAGAGGGGUUAUUUUCUGAAAUGGAUGAGAAUGAAUCUUGAUGACUUGUCUCGAGUAAAACUCUCUGGCCUUAGGGCUAUUUCCAAGGAAAAAUCCAAGGACUCUGAGAACAAAAAUGAAAUCAAAGAAAUUGACCAACAACUUUCCAAUAGCUCACUGGGAGUUGAACACUUCUUCCGUGAAAUGGGUCAGAUCUAUGAAGCUUCCCUUUCUCUUCCUGAAAGUAACCCAUCACGUCAACAACUGCAACAUCUGCCUAAACUCUGUGCUCAGUUGUUGCUGGAUGGAUUUCCUCUUGAGCUUGUAGAUGGAGAUGCUUCCAACAUACCUCUCAGAUGGGUGAGUGAUGUUCUCUAUCAGCUCAAUGACUUGGUGUCUCCUAAGAACAAGAUAGUGGUCGUCACAGUUCUUGGAGUUCAAAGCACAGGAAAAUCCACCCUCCUUAACACCAUGUUUGGAGUGCAGUUUGCAGUCAGCAGUGGUCGAUGCACUAGAGGUGCCUUCAUGCUGCUCAUCAAAGUCAAUGAAGACUUCAGAAAUGUUCUAAACUGUGACUUUAUGGUGAUCAUCGACACUGAAGGCUUAAAGUCUCCUGAUCUCGCUCAACUGGACAACAGCCAUGAACAUGACAAUGAACUGGCAACACUUGUUGUUGGGCUGAGUGAUGUCACCAUUAUCAAUAUUUCAAUGGAGAAUUCAACAGAAAUGAAAGACAUCCUGCAGAUAGUGGUGCAUGCUUUCCUCAGGAUGACGGAGGUUGGUAAAAAGCCCAGAUGUCAGUUUGUUCACCAGAACGUUUCUGAUGUUUCAGCUCAUGGGAAGAAUCUACGAGACAGGAAGCUGCUCCUAGAACAGCUGAAUGAGAUGACCCAGGCAGCAGCUAAAAUGGAAAAGAAAGAGAAGAACAAGAAAUUCACUGAUGUAAUGGAGUACGAUCUAGACACUGGGAACUGCUACAUUCCUGGACUCUGGAAUGGAAACCCACCAAUGGCACCAGUUAAUGCAGGAUACAGUGAGGCUGUCUAUGAGUUCAAGAAAAACAUCAUCCAACUGCUGGGAAAGUGUGGGUCAACUUCUAAUAACAUCUUGGAGUUCAGAGAGUGGAUAACCAGCCUGUGGAACGCAGUAAAACAUGAAAACUUCAUCUUCAGCUUCUGAAACAGUCUGGUAGCUGAUGCAUACAUGAGGCUCUGCACAGAGUACAACAAAUGGGAGUGGGAGUUCAAAAAAGAUAUGUACACCUGGGUUACCAAAGCAGAAACUAGAAUUUCUAAUUUUGGUACAGCUGCUGCAACAUCUGACAUAUCUGACAUGGAGAACUUUAUCACUGAGUUAAAAAGUGAAGCAGUCAAAGAGUUGAUUAAGUUUGAGUCAAAGAUUCUUGAGAACCUGAAGAAAUACUUUGAGCAGCCAGAAGGUCAUGUUUACCUGGUUGAAGGAUAUAGAGAGGACUUCUCUAACAGCAUAAAGAGUCUUAGA